AUGUCUCUCGAAUUCCCUCCCCGUCAGCUCUACUACGGCGGCAAGAUCCAGGCCGCUACCUCCGGCAAGACCUUUCAAACCAUUAACCCCGCCACCGCAGCUCCGUUGGCCGACAUCCAAAUUGCCUCCAACGCUGAUGUCGAUGCCGCCAUUGCUGCCGCAGACCGCGCAUUCCCCUCGUGGGCCCAGACUCCCUUAAUUGCCCGUGCCCGCAUCCUUCACAAAGCCGCUACUCUCUUGCGCGAGCGCAACGAUGAAAUUGCCCGCGUCGAGACUUUGGACUCGGGCAAGGCCUUUACCGAGACAAGCACCGUCGAUGUUGUAACAGGCGCCGAUGUGUUGGAGUACUAUGCCAACUUCAUUGGUGGUGGUGGUCUCAAUGGCGAGACUACUCACCUCCGUGAAGACGCCUGGGUGUAUACCAAGAAGGCCCCUCUUGGUGUGUGUGCAGGCAUCGGUGCUUGGAACUACCCCAUUCAGAUUGCUCUUUGGAAGUCCGCUGCCUGCUUGGCUGCUGGUAACACUAUGAUCUAUAAGCCCAGUGAAUUCACCCCUCUCCACGGCCAAACCCUUGCACAAAUCUACACCGAGGCUGGCCUCCCCGAUGGUGUCUUCAACGUGGUCAACGGCGCUGGUGAUGUUGGUGCCUACCUGACCGGUCACCCUCUGAUCGCCAAGGUCUCCUUCACCGGCCAGGUGGCAACCGGCCAGAAGGUUGCCGGUAACGCCUCCGGCAACAUGAAAUACGUGACUAUGGAGCUCGGCGGCAAGAGCCCUCUGAUUGUCUGCCCAGAUGCCGAGCUCGAAAACGCCGUCGACGGUGCUAUGAUGGCCAACUUCUACAGCACCGGCCAGGUCUGCACCAACGGUACCCGUGUGUUCGUCCCUCGCGCCAUGAAGGCCGCUUUCGAAAAGUCCCUCCUCGAGAAGAUCCAGUAUGUGCGGGCUGGCCCGCUCUUCGACGAGCAGACCAACUUUGGCCCCCUCAGCUCUUCCGCCCACUACGAGAAGGUUGUCUCCUACAUCCGCCACGGAAUCGAGUCCGACAAGGCCACCCUCCUCUGCGGUGGUGUCGAGAAACCCUCUGUGCCCAAGGACCUGCAGGCUGGAUUCUGGGUUCAGCCUACCAUCUUCACCGACUGCACUGACUCCAUGCGCAUUGUCAAGGAGGAGAUUUUUGGUCCCGUCAUGUCGAUUCUGUACUAUGAUACCGUUGAGGAGGCUGUGCAGCGCGCCAACGCUACCGAGCUUGGUCUCGCUGCUGGUGUCUUCACUAAGGACCUGAACCAGGCCCACCGUGUCAUUGACCAGCUACAGGCUGGUAUCACCUGGGUCAACACCUGGGGUGAGAGCCCUGCUGAGAUGGCUGUUGGUGGCUGGAAGAAGAGCGGUCUGGGCGUGGAGAAUGGUCGUCGUGGUAUUGAGGCUUGGCUGCAGAACAAGAGCACCCUUGUUGAUAUGAGCGGUGCUGUGGCCACUGUUUUUGCCAAGCUGUAA